UAGUAUGGAGCGUAAAAUCGGUGAAUCUGUUUUUUGGAUGCCUGAGAGUUGUCGGUUUAAAAUAAAAAUAAUUCCUGGUGUGUGUCAUUACUUCGUCUUGCAUGCAUCUGCUUUUGAAUUAUACAUUUAAUAUAAAUAUAUAUAACGAUGCGGGUAGAAGUGCAUUUAAACGGUUUUAAUCGUAUGUUGACGGCGAGCAGACGAGAGACAAUAGUGAUGGCAAUAGCGAAAGAGGUUAGGAAGCGACGAGCACAAGUUUUAUAUGCAAAGAUGCCAAUGUUGCUCGAAAAAAAAAGAGCUUACAAAAAGAAACAAUAUUGGGUAGCACCGUAUUUAAGAGAUCGUCUGGAGCAUAGUUUUUAUCAUGUAUCUCUUCCCAAACUGACUGUAGAUGAUGGAGUACGGUUCCAUAAUUACUUCCGAAUGUCAACAACACAGUUGGAAGAAUUAAUGUCGAUUGUUGGGCCAUACUUAGUGAAACAAAAUGUUGUUCGGGAAUCCAUUGGACCGAAAGAACGUUUGGUAAUAACGUUAAGGUAUCUUGCAUCUGGUGACUCAAUGACAUCAAUGUCAUACCAAUAUCUAAUUGAGCUAACGACGGUAUGCAAUAUUAUUCGAGAAACAUGCGAAGUAAUCUGGAACACUUUGUGUCCUUUGGUUUUACCUCCUUCAUUAUCAGAAGAAGACUGGCUCAAAAUUGCAAAUAAUUUCGAAGACAUUUCUCAUUUUGUCCAUUGCAUCGGCGCCAUCGAUGGAAAACACAUAAUAAUUCAAUGUCCUAACAAUGCUGGUUCCACAUACUAUAACUACAAAAAUUCUCAUAGUGUAGUAUUAUUGGCCAUUUGCGAUGCACAUUACAUAUUUUCUUUUGUGGAUAUUGGGGCUUGUGGACGACGAAGCGAUGGAGGCAUUUUCGGCGACAGUGCUAUUGGCAAAAACUUCAACGCAGGUAGAAUGAACGUGCCGAAACAAUCAGCUGUUGCAGGAGAACGAAUUCUACCAUACUGCCUUGUAGGAGACGAAGCGUUUCCUUUAAAACCAUAUCUGCUCCGUCCAUAUCCUGGCAAGAAUGGACUGACAUUGGAGCAGGACAUCUUUAACUAUCGGUUGAGUCGUGCAAGAAGGUUUAUCGAAAAUGCUUUCGGUAUUUUGGUCAGUCAAUGGCAAAUUUUUCGCAAACCUAUUAUUGCUAAACCAGAGAAUGCAAAAUUGAUGGUACAGGCAACAAUUUGUCUACACAAUUGGCUUUGCAAAGAUAACAUCGGUAAAAAUUGUUAUGUUCCUGCGGAUAUGGUUGAUGAAAUUAAUGCUAGUGAUCCAAGUACUUUCAUACCAGGUACUUGGCGUAGAAUUAUUGAAGAUGGCUGUGCAUUUCAAGAUAUUGGUAAUUGCGGAUCGAAUAACAGUGCUCGGAACUGUAUACAAAUUCGUGAUGAAUUUUGUGAUUAUUUUUUCAAUGAAGGAGCGGUACCAUGGCAAAAUAAUCGACAUAAAUAA